ACUCUCCUUGGCAGUCAGAUUUCUCCCUGAAGGCCUAAAACCCCUUAUUUUGCUUAUUGAAAACCCUGUUCCCGAGCUGGCUGCCGAGAAGCAAUGGAGCCCGAAUUCGGAGAGUAUCGCCUGAGCUGCGAACUGCGGGGUCACGAAGACGAUAGCAGCAUCGACUACAUGCCCAUCUUUAGAAAUUUGGAAUUUUAUUUCCUAUGCUGUCAGCAGGAUGUACUUGUAAAUGAAGGAAAUGAUUUAUGUGGGUUCUUUGAAACUGUAACAUUGAUAUGCAAGAGUGGUGAGAUUCAUGCCUAUUGGCUUAUUAUUUGCAAUAAUUUGGCUUGUACAGGUUCAAGUGACUCAACUUUGAAACUUUGGAGAGGGAAGACUUGUCUGCACACUUUUGUCGGGCACACAGAUACCGUUCGAGGUUUAGCUGUGAUGCCUGGUUUAGGAAUUCUUUCUGCAUCACAUGAUGGUUCGAUCAGAUUGUGGGCCAUUACAGGUCAGAUUUUGAUGGAGAUGGUUGGUCAUACUUCGAUUGUCUAUUCUGUGGAUGCGCAUGUUUCUGGGCUUAUUGUUAGUGGCAGCGAAGAUUGUUUUUCCAAAAUAUGGAAAGAGUGGAUUACUGGAUUUGGCCGUUCUGUAAUUCGCCGUUGCCUGGGGGGGGGGGUCUGGGAUGUGAAAUUUUUGAAAAAUGGUGACAUUGUGACAGCAUGUUCUGAUGGAAUUGUACGGAUUUGGACAGUACAUAAAGAUAGGAUUGCCGAUUCUGUAGGGCUUGAAGAAUAUGCUUCCCAGCUUUCGCAGUACAAGUGCAGCAGGAAAAGGGUUGGUGGAUUGAAAUUGGAAGAGUUACCUGGUCUAGAGGCUUUGCAAGUGCCAGGGACCAGUGAUGGGCAAACAAAAGUUGUGAGAGAAGGGGACAAUGGUGUUGCUUAUUCGUGGAAUUUGAAAGAACAGAAGUGGGACAAAAUAGGUGAAGUUGUUGAUGGACCUGAAGACAGCAUGAAAAGUGCAAUUCUUGAUGGGGUUAAGUAUGAUUAUGUGUUUGAUGUUGAUAUUGGAGAUGGUGAGCCUAUACGUAAAUUGCCUUACAACAGAUCAGAUAACCCUUACGCAACGGCUGACAAGUGGCUAGUCAAGGAGAAUCUUCCACUUUCUUAUCGUCAACAAAUUGUAGAGUUUAUCCUGCAAAAUACUGGGCAGAGGGACUUUACACUUGAUACAUCUUUUCGUGAUCCUUACACUGGCUCUUCUGCUUAUAUUCCCGGAGGGCCGUCCGUUACUUCAGGUGCUUCAGCGAAGCCUGUUCUUAAACAUAUUCCUAAGAAAGGAAUGCUUGUCUUUGAUGCAGCCCAGUUUGAAGGGAUUCUCAAAAAGAUUGCUGAGUUCAACAAUGUUCUAAUGUCGGAACCGGGGCAAAAUUCAUUGUCAAUAACUGAGCUUGAGCUCUCAAGGUUGACUUCGGUUGUUAAGAUAUUAAAGGACACAUCACACUAUCAUUGUAGUAAAUUUGCUGAUGCUGACAUUGCUUUGCUGCUGAAGUUAUUGAAGUCAUGGCCAGUUGCACUGAUGUUUCCAGUGAUUGAUAUUUUAAGAAUGGUCAUCCUGCAUCCUGAUGGCGCAGAUUUACUUUUUAUGCAUACGAAAGACCAAAAUGAUGUGUUGGUGGAGAUUAUUAAGAAAGUUACCGUGAUCCCUCCACUGCCUGCAAAUAUUUUGACUGCCAUUCGUGCUGUGACAAAUCUCUUUAAGCAUUCCUGCUUUUAUCCAUGGUUACAAAUCCAUCGCAGUGAGGUUCUUGAUGCAUUUUCAGGUUGCUGUUCAUCUUCCAACAAGAAUAUUCAAUUGUCUUUUUCCACUUUGGUACUCAAUUAUGCUGUGCUUUUGAUUGAUAAAAAGGACCAAGAAGGCCAAUCUCAUGUUCUUUCAGCUGCCCUUGAAAUUGCAGAAGAGAAAAAUCAAGAUGUUGACUCAAAAUUCCGUGUUCUCGUAGCCAUCGGAUCACUGAUGCUCGAGGAUUCCAUGAAAAGAAUAGCAAUGGACUUUGAUGUUCAAAGCAUCGCUAAAAUAGCAAAGGAUUCAAAGGAGGCAAAGAUUGCUGAAAUCGGAGCAGACAUUGAACUCUUACUGAAACAGAGUUAAAACUGCCCAGCAUUUCCCAGGGUGGUAUAUCAAGCUAGGUUAUUUAUUGAUGGGACCAAUGAACUCUAUACCAUGAUUGAAUCUUCGUUCCCAAACCGAGAAUGACUCUUUAUGAACACUAUAACCUCUGUUGCCCCAUUAACGAUGUAAUCAUUGGGGAGAACUCACUAAGUAGAUUGAUGUUACUUCAAAAGUAGCUGCUUCAGCUUCAGGCACUAGAAUUUUCAAUAUUCCUUUUUGUUUCUCAUCAAAUGAAUGGCAUCUUCUUCCAGAAAUCCUAGCUAUUCUAAGCAUUAUAUUGGUUAAUUCCAGCAAUACGAACAUAUUUUAAGUAAUUGUCACCCUGUCAGACCAUAAUGAAAAUGCAAUUUUUUUUUUUUUCUUCAAGAA